AUGACCCACUCUGGCUUCUUGCUGUUUCUCAUUGUUGCCACCAGAGGGUGCAGUGCAGUUGAGAACAAUAUUGAUCUUGACAACGGCACUGGCCCUUUUUUGUCUUCAUUGCCCAGAAGCUGCAAAGAAAUAAAACAGAAGCAGCAGAAUGCCCUUGAUGGCCUGUACUUCCUCUGCACCAUCAACAACGUCGUCUACCAGACCUACUGUGACAUGACCACUGGAGGCGGUGGCUGGACCCUGGUGGCCAGUAUACAUGAAAACUUCAUGAGGGGGAAGUGCACGGUGGGCGAUCACUGGUCCAGUCAGCAGGGCAAUAGAGCAGACUACCCAGAGGGAGAUGGCAACUGGGCCAACUACAACACCUUUGGGUCUGCAGAGGGUGCCACAAGCAACGACUACAAGAACCCUGGCUACUUUGACAUCCAGGCCCAGGACCUGGGCAUCUGGCAUGUGCCCAAUAAGACUCCCCUGCAGAACUGGAGGAACAGCUCCCUGCUGAGGUACCGCACCUUCACUGGCUUCUUCCAGCAUCUGGGACACAAUCUGUUUGGACUCUACUAGAGAUACCCAGGGAAAUAUGGAGAAGGGAAAUGUUGGACUGACAAUGGCCCAGCGAUACUUGUGGUCUAUGAUUUUGGGGAUUCCCAGAAAACUGCAUCUUAUUACUCACCCCUUGGAUGGAAUGAAUUCACUGCUGGAUUUGUCCAGUUUAGAGUAUUUAAUAAUGAGAGAGCCGCCAAUGCCUUGUGUGCUGGAAUCAGAGUCACUGGAUGUAACAGUGAGCAUCACUGUAUCAGUGGUGGAGGAUUCUUCCCAGAGGCCAGUCCUAGGCAGUGUGGAGACUUCUCUGCUUUUGAUUGGGAUGGAUAUGGAACUCCUAGUUGGAGCAGUAGCCUGGUGAUAAGUGAAGCAGCUGUGUUUCUGUUCUAUCAUUAA